AUGCCCAAGAGGAAGAGAGGUGCUUUUCAGUCAUGGAGCGCUCUCCUAAGCAUGAGGAGGAUCAUGCUUUCCUUCCUGUGCUUACUGAUGCACCUGCUUCAGGAUGAGAUAACUUCACUUUUACUUACGGAAAACCAAGACCUGCAAGACUCGAUUAAGCCGCAGAAGGUAGAGUUUCGUUCGUUAAACUUCAACAGCACUUUGCAUUGGCAGCCUGGGUGGGCCAGAGAGGCAAGAGACACACUCUACUUUGUGCAGUAUAAAGUUUAUGGGCAGACCACAUGGCAAAACAAAGAUGACUGCUGGGGCAUUCAAAGCCAUGUCUGUGACCUAACACAUGAGACCUCUGACAUCCGGGAGCCUUACUACGGAAGAGUGAAAGCUGCAUUGGCUGGUGUCUAUUCCAACUGGAGCCUCAGCUGCAGAUUCACUCCCUGGCGAGAAACUAUAAUAGGACCUCCAAUAGUAACUGUGGUUCAUAGCAACAAAUCCAUUGUAGUAAAGCUCCAGCCUCCACGUUCUCCAUAUAAAAGGAAGAAAGGCAGCAAGAUACCAAUGACAAAUUAUUAUGAUCUGCUGUAUCAAGUCUUCAUAAUUAACAACUUGCUAGAUGAGCAACACAGAGUCCUGGUGUAUGAAGGAAAAGACAAGGUUAUUAAAAUAAAAGAUUUGAGGCCUGGAGUCAGCUACUGCAUCGUGGCUAAAAUGUACGUGCCCAUACUGGACCGCAGCAGUGCCUACAGCAGCAGGCAAUGCACUGUGCUGCACUGACAGGAAUAAUGGCAGAAGAUGCUUUCCAUCACAGAUCCAGCUGUAAAUCAACAUCUGUUGUCUAUGUCUGGAAUACAUACUUGGACACUUUUUAAACUAACCUUUGCUGCAUUAAAUUAUUUGAUUCCUCACAAUCAUUUUAUGCUACAUGAAGGUCAAGGAUUGUUUGUAUGUUCUAUAUUACAAUUUAUGAUGGUAUAUAUUUGCAUUUUCAAAGGAAACAGUCUUGUAAUAUAAAAGAAAAAACAUGCAAAAAGCAUUUUUGGAA